UUUAUUCAUGUGUCAAAUUUCGUUCUCUCGGAUUUUCCAUUUACAAAAAUGUUGUCUUCUGCUGGAAUUCCGCAAAGAAAUUCUUUUGCAAGAGCUCUUUCUCCUCUUAUUUCAGCAACGAUUAUAUUUGGGCCAGGGGAAAGAAUCAAAACUAAAUACAAUAUGGUUUUGUCGAGUGUUAUUUUUACUCUCUUGCUGAUUACUCUUGCAUUUGUUGCWGUUCUCGGUGUCUUCGUGCGAACUACGAUAGACACGUGGAUUCAGUUGUCACUAUACAUAGUUCCUUUACUGUCUCUUAUCUGUGGCUGGAAUAUUUAUGSAAGUGAGGGCUUCAGCACUUUGAUUGAACGAAAGCUUGUCAASUGGAGCGGCGCCUUGGCCAUUGCCGUAAAAGAUGAAGACGUUCACGARWCUAACCGAGGCCCAUGGCUCAGACGGUCAGCGAUCAAAAACUGUUUAUAUCCUUUGGUAAUCGAACUGUACCAGUGGAGUGCUUAUAUUGYCUUUCAUCAGCUGAUAGGUGAUACAAAGUUUGCUGGAGCUUGGAAAGAACACAAGUUUUUGAUCAUCGAUGAUAAAACUUGGACUAUAAUUUAUGUGUAUUUUUGGACUUUUGGUGUUUAUAUAACUGGGUUUGUAAGCUACUCGUUUAUUCUUGUUGCGAGAUUAWCUAUAAGAGAUGCUAUAAGUUUCAUGUGUCGCUUUGGAGACAGCCCAUUCCUCCCUUACAGGCCAACGCACAAGAGAAUUGCCAAUUCCCUUUCUGACAAAACCAGCUCUGUCAAAAAGUUCAUUUUAAUCGUGGUUGGUUUCCUGUCGCUGGACUUGCUUGAUACAGGAAAGGACAUUGUUUUGUUUUAUGAGCAAGAAAAUGAAGGCGUUGAAGACACGUCACUUCAGAGGAAUCUUCUUGCAAGCAAUAUCUUGGAACARGCUUUUGAGGACAGCAGCUUUGAAGAAUCUGUUGAUGUCAGACCAAGAUCAUCUAGCCUGAGUGUUCCAAAAACUCCUAAAAUAAACCCAAAUGAUGCUUGCAAGUUUCUUACAAAAUUUAUAGGCAAUCUUGAYGCUUUAGCUAGCACUUUCCAACCAUUCAUCAUCUUAUUGGCAUUCUUCUCGGUUGCAAAUUUUGCAACCCACAUUGUUGCCAUAGUGAUAAAAAUAAAGGAUUUCCAGGACACUCAUUGGUGGACUUUCACACGCACCCUUUUAUGGAUGCUGUUGGCAAUACGGUUGUUGUGGAGCUGUGCUACAAUCACCCGCAUGCUGUCACGCAUUCCUAUGCAUGUGGACUAUCUGCGUUGUAUUGGUGUCUUACAAGGUUCUGAUAAUGAAUGGGAGGGUUUCUUUAGACUUAUGAAAACUUUACAGCUUCGCAGCAGAACAUAUGGGUUUCCUCUCUCUUUGAAGCAAGUUGCUUACUGUGCAACUUUUUUAAACUUUGCAUUUUUGAUUGUGCUGUCUAUUAUGCAUCCUAAAACAAAUUAAUGUAUCAUAGACUCAAGGAUAGCAACAUCAUUGAAAAGUUGAAUAAGAAUUUGGUUUAUGGCACCUGUUUAAAAAACAAAAACAAAAGUAAACAAAGAUUGAUAAAAUCCUGAAAUAUCGAUAAGCCUAUUGAUUUCUUUUAMAUUAGAGAAAACAAAAGUAAUCCAUGGUAAAUAGUAGAAAAAAAGGUGUAAUAUUAUGCAAAUUUAUUUAUUUUCUAUUGUCUAAUCAACACAUAGUUAAUUAUGAUCAACACUAUAAUGGCAGUUGUAAUUUAGUAAUAUUUGUGUGUCCACCAUACUUCAGGGUUCGCACUACUCCUUGAAAUCUUUGAAAAGUCCUGGAAUUGAAAACUUGUUUUCAAGGGUGCUUGAAAAGCCSUUGAAAAUAAUAAAAAUUGCUAAAACUCCUGGAAAACUCCUUGAAUCUCAAGAAAUUAACAUAUUGCCUUUUGGAUUGAAAUGUGGCUAUUUUUGAAAAUCACCACUGGAAACAUUUGCAAACAUCAAAAAAUAUCUUCAAAAAUAGUCCUUGAAAAUUGCAUUUUUGUGCUUUAAAAAGUACUUGAAAAGUCCUGGAAUUUUGUAGCAAAAAUUUUGUGUGAACCCUGAUACUUGUUUCAAUAUAUAUUUUUAUAUCAAUCAAAAAUAACUCACAGCAGGGGGUAAUAGAUUAAUAACAUUAGUCAAAAUAUUACAAAAAUAUAGAUUAUUACAGCCUUUUGCACAAA